AUUUCUUCAGUCGCACAUACCAAUUGUGUUGUUUUGCUUUUUUGAAUCACUCGAUCUUCUCGUUGAAGCAAUCUAUCGACGUAGCUACACUUUUUUUCACCCUUAUUUUGGCACAACAGCUGCAGUACAUUCAAGUUUAGUCAGUGCAACUAUCUGUCCAGUACACAUUUAACUGUGCAGAUUGUGAUAAUGGUGACUAAAAGUUCGUAUGCUUGCCGGUUUUUGAUCACCAGUAUACUCGCACUAAGACAACAAUCUCCCAUCGUUGCACAAAGCUGGAAGAGCUACUUGAGGCUUGGAUCGAGACAGCAACAACGGAUCUUCGAUAAUAAUCACGUCAUCUCGCGACUGAGGGCCAUAUUCGUGCGAUCUACUAAGUUGAGUCGCUCUAUCGAAGCGAGACCGCCACGUACUACCACAGCAGCUGCAUCCACGGGACUUGGUUUCUUAGCAUCGUUUUCGUUAUUCUCAUCGGGUAAAUCGAAGAAAGAUUCUGCAGCAGCGGAGAAGGAAGUCGGUGUGAAAAUGGCCGAAAAGGAAGCUGCCAAGAGCCUGAGCGAGACCAUUCAGCAUUCGGAUCAGCUGUUCGACGAGAACAAUUUUCAGGAGGCGUACGAUUUGUUGGUGAAAAGCACGAAUCCCGAAGCAUACGAGAUAAAAUGGCGCCUGGCUCGGGUGCUGUACAACCUGUCGAAAAGCACCCCCAGCCCCAAAAAGGAGGAAAUGGUCCGCGAAAGCUUCCAGUUUGCAACGGAAGCCCUGGCCCUGAAUGACAACGACUUCGCCUCGCACAAGUGGUACUCGAUUCUGUUGGACGCCAAGAGUGGGCUGGACGGUAUCAAGGAACGUGUCACCCAGCUGGAGAAUGUCAAGAAGCACAUGAAACGGGCACUGGAACUGAAUCCCACCGAUGCCACCAGCUGGUACAUUCUGGGUCAAUUUUACUACGGCCUGGCGGAACUGCCGUGGUAUCAGCGCAAAAUUGUGGCCACGAUUUUCGCUACGCCACCGAAUGGAACCUACGAGGAGGCAUUGGAUUGUUUCCAGAAGGCCGAACAAACGAAACCGAACUUCUACUCGAUGAAUCAUUUGAUGUUGGGAAAGUCUUAUCAAGCGCUGAAGAACAAUGAAAAGGCAAAGGAGUUUCUUUUGCUGGCUGCUAAUGUAACGGUGUUGAACGAAGAUGAUAAGCAGGCUAAAGAGGAGGCGGCUAAACUGUUGAAGAAAUUGUAAGAUGAUUUCGGAGGUAAACUCAAAUAAAACGCCUCAAUGUAGAGUUAGUAAUUUUCCAUAAAAAAUGCUAAGAAAAUGGGGUAUAAACAAUGGAUUAUUUAAAAUACAAAGUGCACUGUAAAAUUGUUAAUCCAUUUUUUGGUUAAUGGGUAGGUGUAUCAAAAUAAAGAGGAGAUGGCAGACAUUGUUAGUAUUAGGUUUUUGUAGAUUAUUUAGGCCAAACUCAAUCAUUUUAUAUUUUGUUAUCACUUUAUUUAUAUUGGCACAUUCGAAGUUCUCUAUUAAAAAUAUAUGCUUUAUAGGAGGUUUAAGGUUCCCCCAAACCCAUGCGACGCGACAAUUGCGAUGCUAUUCGAUCGCUUGGCGACUGCAAUUCUGUUUCCGUUGGUAUGGAAGCGUAAAUGGAACAAUGUCUGUAGCGACCCAACGAUAGAAUCGCGGCAAUGGAAUCCCUUAGGUCUGGGGGAGCCUUUAUGAAACUAUUUUUUUUUAUAUAUGUUUUUCUUACAGCCCAUAAGCAAGGAGACAUGACAUGUUAUUGUAUUGUAUUGUGUUAGGAUGGUUAUGAUAUAUUAUGAGAAAUAAGUAAAAGGAUUUUUGGUAUAAACAUAAAA